AUCUCAACAUCUAAAGAAUGUCGUGUCAAUCUAGCUCGAAUGUGGGAUUGUUCGCUCUGUACUGGCGGCAAAGAAUCUAAAGCUUGUCCUGGCCUUUGCAUGAAUGUCAUGAAAGGAUGCCUUGGCGAUUGGGCCGAAAUGGAUCAACAAUGGAAUACCGUUAUUGUUGUCCUUUUGAGCAUAGAUGUUCGAUAG